AUGUUUCUUCCUUUACGUACCAGGUUUUGUGGCUUGAAGGGGCACGAAAUGUUUUGCGAAGUAGAACGCUCAUACAUUGAAGAUGGAUUUAACCUGUAUGGCCUUCGAGCAUGUGUUGGUAACUUUUCGGACUGCUUGGACUUGAUUUUGGAUCGGAUCGGCCCUGACGAUUCCGAUGACAGCCAUUUGACCCAAUCGGCAUGUACGCUGUAUGGCUUGAUUCAUGCGCGCUAUAUUAUAACGGCUCACGGGUUGGAUGCUAUGUACAGCAAGUACGCUGCGAAAGACUUCGGAGCGUGUCCUUUGAUUCAAUGCGCCGGACAACCGGUGCUACCGGUUGGUAUGAAGGACGAAAUGGGCGCCGAUACGGUCAAGAUUUUUUGCCCCAAAUGCAACCAGGUAUAUUUUUCACCGCCCGUAAGGUCCCGUGCCGGGAUAUCAUCGGGAGUGGAUGGAGCAGCCUUUGGCACAACUUUCCCACAUUUGUUUCUCAUGACGUUUUCAAAUUUAGUACCGGACCCGCUCGUUUUGGAUUCAACCUAUGUUCCACGAGUUUUCGGAUUUCGCGUGCAUAAAUCAGCCCGGCAA